AUGGCUGGUACAUUCGCGGCUCCUCUACCGAGGAACCCUCGCCGAAGGCCGGGACGAGCAUCUCGGCCCGGGAGUGACGAGACAGGACAAGCAGAAGGUCAAUUUGCCUGCCACUUUUACAAGUUCAAUCCUGUCAUGUACGAUAAAUGCAAAAAGUGCAGUUUCACCAGACCGUCCGACGUCAGGCAGCACAUCGUCCGAUGCCACUCUCUGGUUUCCCCCUACUGCGUUAGGUGCUGGAAGGAGUUCUCAGGCCAGCAAGAAUAUUCUGAACACGUCGCCCAGGGCCAUUGCCAGGUCCGGCCGAGGCCUGAGAAGCUCGUCCGUGAGGAACUUGACAGGUUGGGAGCUUGCCGUAGGGAGGACCAUAGUAAGGAGAAAUGGUUUGGCAUCUGGAAUUUACUGUUCCAUGGACAUCCCCGGCCUGACUCCCCUUAUCUCCCAUCCUGCAUCUUCGAAGAGGGUCUGACCCUCAUUCAGCCUUUCGUCCAGGAUCUUCUGCAUCAGCAUGGCGGCACCGCUGCGGCAGGUCCGGUACCAGGAAACAUCCUCCACAUUGCCUAUCAAACCUACUGCCAUGGCCUUCCCAUGUCCCGGCACCCACCAUCUUUGAACAACCAGGGCUUCCCUUACCAGACGCUACCUCCUCAUCUGCUCCCCAAUAACAACGGUCUUUACGGCGAAACAAAUAGACUCGAACACGGGUCAGGAUUUAAUUAUUACCCUCCGCAAUUUUAA